UUGGAUUUCACAGCGAAGGAUUCAUAUUUUGACCUGCUGAGGAAGGUGCUUGUUUGGUCUCAAGAAAAAGAAUUUUUGCGGAUGAAAAAGCCAUUCGACAAGUUCGAGUUCGAAGUUAGUCCAGCCGUUGUCAACGCCUUUUACUCGCCGGAGAAGAAUGCCUUGACAUUCCCAGCCGGAAUUCUCAAGCCGCCUUUCUUCAGUGGCUCAUAUCCGAAGUCAGUUCUUUGUUUUAUCAGAAAUUUUAAUCAAAAA